CGCUCUGCGACAGCAAUUGGCUUUACAGCACAGGCAUCGCGAACUACCGCACCCGGAUACCGACAAACGGCGCACUACGGAACGCUGGUGUGUGUUAGUACCCGCGCAUCCACCGAUCAGCGACGUCAGCGCCCGCAAAAUUGGUCACGACUGUUUAUUUGCUCGAGAAUCGCAUUUACUCAGCAAUCGCAGCGGGAAGAGAAGGGAUCGCAGGCACAAUGCAGGAAUCAGACCUGGUAGUGCUGCGCAAUGAGGAGAAUGCAUCACCCGACCGCUUCAGACAAUGGGAUCCCAACCGCCAGUUUCGCCGCGAGUACUACGAGCGCCAUGGCCGCGACCCAACAUAUGAAGAGAUUGUGCGCAAUGCAGAAGAGCAUGGGCGUUCAGUGAACGAGGAGCCAGUGGAAGGGGCCACAGAGCAACAUGCAGAACCGCUGGCAUCACCCAUGAGCAGGAAGAUCGAGGAGGAAGAAGCGCCUCUGUCUCGCCAGACAACGUCGUCAUCUGCCUCGACAUCUAGUUUCACCAGCUCCCGAAGUGUAGCACAGGGCGCAUGCCUCGAAGAAACUCGCACUGUCCGCUCGACGAACACACGCCCUCGAGGCUUUACCGACUCGACGCAGCAGUCAUGCGGGACAAUACUGCAGAGACAUCCCACCGAGCGACAUCCGGUGGCCCUGACGCGUAUCGAGACACACCGCAGCCAGCAUGCCGGCACAGUCGGAGCCUCUCCAGUGCCAUCGCACCUCUCCCGAACUAUCACUCGUCGCAAGACCGAGAAGCCGCUGCCAAGCUUGGGCGCAGGAAAGCCCUUCCCUCCACCGCUACCAGAUCGCGAGGAAUAUGUUGUCGAAUUCGAUGGCCACGAUGACCCACUGCACGCGCAAAACUGGACCACAAAGAAGAAGCUCAGCAUGGGCGUCAUGCUUGCCUUCGACGCACUGAGUACCUGUAUGGGUUCGUCAAUCAUCUCCAGCGCAACCGGCCUUGUCGCUGCAGAAUUCGGUGUCGGCAGAGAAGUAGGUACACUAGGCACGAGUCUGUUCGUGUUUGGUUAUGCGUUUGGGCCGCUCAUGUGGGCUCCUAUCUCCGAGUUGUACGGUCGCCGUCCACCGCUGGUCAUCGCGGCUUUCGGCUUUUCCAUCUUCACCAUUGCUGUCGCUGUCGCAAAGGACAUCCAAACGGUCAUGAUAUGCCGCUUUUUCUCUGGUCUUUGUGGGUCCUCGCCCCUCGCCAUUGUGGUCGCUGCCUUCGCAGAUAUGUUUAGCAAUGAGGUUCGAGGUCUAGCUGUCGCGGUGUUCUCCGCUACGGUGUUCAUGGGUCCAAUCAUGGCGCCCUUCAUUAGUGGUUUCAUCACCGAAAGCUACCUUGGCUGGCGGUGGACUAUGUACGUCAGUUCAUUCAUGGGUUUUCUGACAUUUGGACUGCUACUGUUCUUCUUCGAGGAAACGUAUCCGCCAGUCGUACUGAUUAACAAGGCCGCCGAGCUGAGGAGACGAACGAAGAACUGGGGUAUCCACGCUAAGCAAGAGGAGAUCGAAGUUGACUUCAAAGAGCUCAUCAUCAAAAACGUUAGCAGACCUAUGCGGAUCCUCUUCACCGAGCCCAUCGUCCUGCUCAUCACUAUGUACAUGUCUUUCAUCUACGGACUUCUGUAUAUAUUCCUGACGGCAUAUGCCCUCGUCUUCCAAGGCGUCUACGGCUGGUCCUCUGGUGUUAGCGGACUCGCCUACUUCGGCAUGAUAACCGGCGAACUCAUCGCCUUCGUCGUCGUCGUUCUCACCAACCCGCGCUACGUCAAGAAACUCAAAGCCAACAACAACAUCCCCGUUCCUGAAUGGCGCCUUCCUAUCUCCAUGAUCGGUGCUGUCUUGUUCUCUGGUGGCCUGUUCUGGUUCGGAUGGACCGGGUACUCGGGGAAUGUCCACUGGAUUGUGCCCGUUUUAAGUGGUCUGUUUACGGGGUUCGGCAUCUUCUCUAUCUUUCUCUCCCUGCUAAAUUACAUCGUCGACGCAUACCUAAUGUUCGCCGCUUCCGCCAUCGCAGCGAACACAUUCAUGCGAUCUAUCUUUGGCGGUAUUUUUCCUCUCUUCGCUACGCAGAUGUUUGAGGGCAUGGGCAUCCAAUGGGCCUCGACGUUGAUUGGGUGUGUGGCGGUGCUGCUGGCGCCGAUGCCGAUCUUCUUUUAUUUGUAUGGUAAGAAGAUUAGGGCCAAGAGCAAGUUUGCGCCAGCCCCGGAUAUUGCGCAGGACAAGAAGAGGGAUGAGGAGAGGGUGGGGAGUGAAGAGAGAGUGGGGAGUGAGGAGAGUAGCGUCAAUGGUAAUGGGAGUAGGGAAAGGGAGCAGGCGAAAGAGAAGGAGAGGAACAAACACGAUUAGAUUGAUAGAUACACAUCUGACCCCAGCAACAGGAUUAUGUGAUGGCCAUUCUUCGAACUCGCCCUAGGACUGAGUGCUGUCUGUUGAACACGUGUUGUUACAG